AUGGCAAUAUUGAUUUUGGCCAUUGGGAAAUAUGUACACCGAUUUUUGACGGAAACGUGGCCACGCUGGAACUUGGCGCAACUGAGAAAGUUGCUUUCGUUAGACACCGCCGAGGAUGCGGCGGCUGUCGAUGUGUUUAUAAAUCAACCGGAGGAGUUUGUGUUUGACAACGAGUUGUUGGUGUUAGCGCUGGAACGGUACGUCUCGCAUUUAGUUCAUUCUGGGAACCAGGCACAGCAAGGCGAUAGUAUUCGUGGGAAUGCGAGCAAUAAAUCUCCGGCAAAUUUGUCCUCCCGACUCUUUUACGAGGCAGAGUACUGCUAUGGUCCAAUUGCACUACUGAAGUCGAGCCACCGCAUGAGUGCGGCAGAGAUGCUGCAAAAGCAUUACUUCCUGUUUACGCUUCCCGCAGACGGUGAUCCGACGGAGGUGGAGCCUGGUCUCACAAUCUGGUUUCAAAAGCAGUUGGUGAAGGUCUCAGCGCUCAGGGAAGGCAGGAUUCUUCCGCGUCGUGGAGGGAAGCCCGUCAUGGAAGCCUUUAUUCCCCUUAACUUUGACGCCUCCCCAGUAGUAAAUGCCUUUACAGAUAUCCGCACCGCGGCAGAGAACGCAGCAAGUAACGUUCGCGGUACCGAGAAUGAGGUUGGUGGUAGAGAUGAUGAUUCGGAGUCUUUGAGUGAAGAAGAAGAAGACGACUCUAGCGCCAAAAGUGCCUGGCAAAACAUGAAUAAGGUGUUUGUGCAUCAAGCAAUACUGCAAUGUACUGACAAAAGCAAAAAGGGAAAGGAGCGUAUAAUGGAUUUUGCUAGACGUGCGUAUGCGUGGUACACCAAAAAUGCCGUCGAGCCAGUGGAACGGUACUACUUUCUUUCCUCCACUUCCGAGUUGCACCGUGCCUUGGGGCUGUGUCCAAAACUACCUUCAGGAGCUUUGCAGCGUUGGCCUAUGAGGCAAUUUGUUCUUCCCUCGGCUGGUUUCAGCUUCCGAAAUCUGUUUUUUGAACAGAAGGCGCAACUGUUGGCUCUUCUUGAAGAGUUCAAGCAAAAACAGGGCAAGUUUGCACUACCGGGCGUUGCACAUCAGCUGGUUAUCCUUUUGCAUGGCAUGCCGGGUACGGGAAAGAGCGCCAUUGUACGCAACAUUGCGUCGUUCCUUGAUCGUCAUAUUGUAGCACUACCCAUUGAACAUAUUCAAACGGACAGCGCGCUGCGUGGUGUACUUUCUGGUGCUGUUGUGAUCACUGAAGAAGCUGUGUGGAAGAAAGAAACGCGUGGCGGCUCGAUGCGGUACGAAGGGUCAGCGUAUUUACUGUCCCAGAGUCAGAGACUAGACGUAAGUAAAGUGGUGUAUUUGUUUGAGGACGUUGAGGCGAUUUCAGAUCUCCUGUCAUUUCAGUUGCCCGUGAAGCAUCAGCAGUUGCUCUCGGACCCCAAAGACGUGGAUGAGGGAAAAGAAGGAGUGGAGGAAAUGGAGGUGAAGGUGAGGACGAAAAGGGAAGAAACAACGACGGCAAACGUUUCCCACAACAAAGCGGGGAGUAGCUCGUCCAAGAAGUACAACAGGCUGCGAAAAAAGGCCCCCGAUUUUGGUGUUGCCGCGGAUUUUACGGAAAAAUGUGGUCAACUGUUGGUCGCAGACUUUCUUUCUCCUGAGGGAGUUCUCACCGCCUUGAACGCCACGCUUGCGCCCCCGGGGCGUGUGAUCGUCUUCACAACAAGUCAUCCGGAGAAGCUGCCCGCUCUUUUCUGGAAGCCCGGCGUCGUGACGCUGACAGUCCGCUUGGGUAUUCUUAACGCGUCGUCCGCGAUGGAUCUCGUCAACCGCUACUGCGGUGCCUCUUUCACACCUUCGUUGCGGAAAAGAUUGGAAGUGCUCUUUGCGCAGUGCGAAGCCAAUGCUGUAGCGGAGGUGAUGAACCCGGCGUCACUGUUGCAUGUACUGACCAUUUGUGAUGAUGCUGAGGAGGUGCUGAGGGAGUUGGAGCGCUUUUGUUAA